AUGUCUCGGAAGCAGCAACCGUACUGGGAACGCAAACAGCAAUCAUACGCGAACAUCGAGAUUCCUAACCUGAUUCCUUGCGGCGUUUGUAACGUCAAAUGCUUCAAAGCAAGAUAUUCUCAAAACCAGCUGUCGAAAUAUCAGGAAGCACGUGCGAAAGAAAUCCAUGGAGGUCCCAAAGCCACUCUUCCGCGCUGCAGAAACUGCACACCAGAGUCCCUGGCGGAGUUGCACUGCGUCGGCUGUCGAACGAGCAAGGAUUUGAGUUUCUUUUCCAAACAGCAGCGAAAGAAGCCUGACACCGCGAGAUGUUAUAAUUGUCAGCAGGAGCUUGAAGACCGUGUCCCUUCCCUCGAAGCAGCCCUGGAAGAGGAACGUAUCAGAGACGAUGAGCUCCGUGGCAAGCACAGCUCCGGCUCUGCGAUCUCGGGCGUUGCUGGUUCUGUUCUCAGCUCUCAGGUCCAGUCACAAGGACACUCUGCCAGCGCCAGCAGUAUUUUCAUGCCCCGCGACCGUGAAUCUGCCUGGGGAGGCAACGCAGCCUCUGAGCGCCCGCCGUCGCCCACCAACUCUGAGCUCUCUAGCUCUCGCGGCGCAAGCAGCUACACCAAUUCCACCUGCGCCAAUUCGGUUUCUAAGAACAGCUUCGCAAGGGCGGUUGCAUACAACGCACCAGCAAAGGAACGAGUCAUGUACCAGCUUGAACGUGAAGAGAGGCAGAAGCGGGAGGUUCAGAUGGCCAAUAGAUAUGAUGACUCUGAUGAUGCCGACGAGUGGGAAAUCCUUCAACCCGCUGAUGCUUCCUUUUCUGGUGGUUUCUCUCCCGAGUUGCUUCAACAGAUCACGUCGCAGAUCACGGCGAAUGUUUUGCAGCAGUUGAAACUCGCCAAUCUGCCUCCGCCACCGCAACCGCCUCCUCAUCAACCACCGCCGGUCGGGUCUCAGAUGGAUACCUCUUCGUCCGCUGCUGGCUCCCCGCCACUGGAUCGAGCCACUGUCUACACCCCUCCCACCCCCAAUCGAUAUUCUGAGGAUGCAGGUGCAAGUCAAACUUCCCCUCAAUUUCCUCCGCCUUCAAGCCAGUCAUCCUUCCGAGCCCCGUCACCUGCCACAGAUAGGAGAGCGGCCUCGCCUCUGAGUCAGACAGGUCAUCAAUCCGAGAACGACGCAAACCAGAGUCGACCGAGAGGUCCCAAACGCAUGGGUACCCAUGAAGAUGCAACCAUAUUGGAACGAGUAUGGGGGCAACUCUUCACGGAGCAGGGUGAGGCUACUCCCAGGUUGGGCCAAUUCCUACGUGGAAUCGCUACCCAUCUCAUCGAAGACUAUGAGCCUAGGCACAGCUUGGUCAUCACUCCAGCAAAAAUGCAAAGAUACUACGAGGAGAUGAAGCUGGCCAACGAGCUCUACCCCUGGAAGAUCAUCUUCGACGACAGAACUUCUUCAAUAUCUCGGAUGUUCAGAGAGAUCGAGUGCCAGCACCAUCUUGUACAAGAAAAGUUGAACGAACGGCCAGACACUCCCGGGCUUACCCCGAACGGCUUUGAAACAUGGGCGACCUUGCUCUUAAAAGCACAUCCCGAUCAAGAGUAUGAGCGACUGGCAAAGACGGCGUUAGACAUGCCCAUUAGCAACCCUGAUGAGAAGAAAGAGAGGUUCCCGAAAGAACUCUCUAGGCGGCUCUUCCCCAAGCACGGUGACACCGAGGUCGCCUAUAAGCUACAGAAAGCCAUGUCGACCCAUUGCAAUGUCAGCUUUGCUUCUCACCACAGCAGCACGGCGGAUUCGACCUCCCGGACGUCGACGUCGACGUCAACUGCGACUGUCGUAGCUGAUGAUUCUUUCACUAAAACGAAUUUGAAUUUGAAGCCUCAGACAGACAAGCCGGAUAAUGCCAGCAAUCAUGCUCAACCUAGCCCGGUACUUUCGCAGGCUAGCAUUGAGCGUCAACGGCAACCGUACGGGGGAGGGCAACAGGAGGGCACGACCGGUGAGAACGCAGAGGAGAGCACUGAUGGCACUCUCCCGCCACAGCCAAUCGAGCGAGAGAGGAAGCCAUAUGUUGCGGCCCCCGGUGGUGGAAAAACUUACAACAAUAUCGACCGACCAACUGUGGCACCCGAGACCAGGCCAGGACCUCCUCCCCAAGAACCCAAGCUAGGACGUUCAAGUUCCGUCAAUGCAACUAGCAGAGUCACCGACAGAUUGGGACCGCCACCUAUCGCCCUUCACCAAAGACCACCGCCUCCAGCAACGGAAGUCCAGGAGUCUUCUCGCCGCCACCGCUCCAAUAGCAUCUAUCACCGAGACCCUGCCCCAUCUGGUCGCAACCGGUCACCCUCUAUAACCAAAGAAACUGGUGCCUCUUCAUACGGGCGGAAGGCAGACCCAGACGCCCCCUACAUGUCAUCUUCGUACCAUUCCGAUCACCACGAUGAUACAAGACGGUACAGAGAGUAUGAAGCCGGGCGCGAACGUCUGUCUAAUGACCGCUACGACGCUGCCAGAAUGUCGGCCUAUGACCCUCGCGAGCGUGAACGGGACCGAGACGGCCGACCCCGUAUGCAAUCUGUUUCAAACGUUGGUCUGGGCUUCGUCGAUGACCCACGAAGUCCGACCCUGCGCACCAGUGCAGGGCCUACGUUGUAUUCCAGCUCUCUGCCUGGUGCUGCUGCGGACGAAGACUACUACCUCAACCGCGCCCACGCAAGCGGCGCCCCUCCUUCUCAUAACGGGCACAGUCCGCCUUCUUCCAUCAGCACUGGCUUUCAACCUCCACCACCGCCACCUCCACAGAUGAUGAGGGAAUCGUCAAAUUCAGCAAGCAGAGACUCGGGAUACCCGUCGUACCCGACCAAUUCGGGUUAUCCGCCUACAAGUUACCGCGAUCUGCGUUAG